GAUAAUCGACCAGAACAGGUACACAAGCGGAGCUCGCUUCCGAAUUCUUAUUGGCAAUGCCGAUCACCAGCAUCGCCGUAGGGACGCCGGCGGAGGCGGUCCACCGGGAAACGCUCAAGGCCGCGCUCGCCGAGUUCAUCUCCACCCUCAUCUUCGUCUUCGCCGGCGAGGGCUCCGGAAUGGCUUUUAAUAAGCUUACAGACGAUGGAUCGACGACGCCGGCGGGUCUCGUGGCGGCGUCCCUCGCCCACGGCUUCGCCCUCUUCGUGGCUGUCUCCGUCAGCGCCAACAUCUCCGGUGGGCACGUCAAUCCGGCCGUCACCUUCGGCGCCUUCCUCGGCGGCAACAUCUCUAUGCUCCGGGGGAUCCUCUACUGGAUCGCGCAGUGUCUCGGCUCCGUCGCCGCCUGUCUCCUCCUCAAGUUCGCCACCGGCGGUCUGGAGACGUCGGCGUUCUCUCUGUCGGCGGGCGUCAGCUCUUGGAAUGCUGUGGUGCUGGAGAUCGUCAUGACGUUCGGGCUGGUGUACACGGUGUACGCAACGGCCGUGGACCCCAAGAAGGGAAACCUCGGCGUCAUCGCGCCCAUCGCCAUCGGCUUCAUCGUGGGGGCCAACAUCUUGGCCGGUGGCGCCUUUGACGGCGCGUCCAUGAACCCGGCCGUCUCCUUCGGCCCGGCGGUGGUCAGCUGGACCUGGACCCACCACUGGGUCUACUGGGCCGGACCGCUCAUCGGCGCCGCCAUCGCCGCCCUGGUCUACGACGGCGUCUUCAUCGGCCAGACCACCCACGAGCAGCUUCCAACUGCGGAUUUUUAAGUGAUUAUCGAAGGAGUAUCAAUUCGGAUACCAAAUCUGUAUCCAACUAUAUAUUGUUUCUUGAUUCAGUAUUGUGCCAUUUUUUUCUUGUGAAAUAAUAUGAAAUAAAUUUGUGUGUUUUUUU